CAGAAAACAAGGCAGGACAUCUCAGUUUGAUUUCUUCUUCUGCACGGACUUGAGACUAGCAUCAUGAAAGGCUUUGCUGUGGUCUUCUCCAUCCUCCUUGUCACUGCCAUCCUCUGCACUCCAGCAUCCCCCUCCCCAUAUGCCUCGGACACCACACCUUGCUGUUUCUCCUUCACCUCUCUACCACCUCCCCUGGUCCAUAUCAGAGAAUACUUCUACACCAGCAGCAGAUGUGGCAAUCAGGGUGUAGUCUUCAUCACCCGAAAAAAACAGCAGCUCUGUGCCAACCCUGAGAAGAAAUGGGUACGCAAUUACAUCAACUCCUUGGAGAUGAGCUAGAGAGGAGAGCCCCCUUGGUGUGGACAUCCAGCCUCCUCCCUCUUCAACAAAUCAUCCACACAGCUUCCAAAUGGAUAUUCCCAAAGCCCAGGCCUGGCCAUGUCACAGACCAGCUAAAACAACUUUCAAUGGCUCCCUAUUGUCUCUCACAUCAAAAUACAACUUCCUUUUGAGUAUUUAAAGCCCUUCCAUACCUGGCACCAGCCUAUUCCUCUAAGACCAUUACACAUCUCACUCCCUCUCAUGUACUCUAUACUUGAGCCAUGCUGGCCUACUGUUCCCUGUAUACAGCAAGCCAUCUCUCACCUGGUUACCUUUUCACAGGUUGUCAGGGGCUCCUAGAAGGCUCUCCAUGCUCACUCCUAGAUCCAAGCUUCCUUCAAGGCCCCUCUCGAGUGCUACCUACUACAAGAAACCUUCUCUGAUUCCUCCCCACCUACAUUAGUGCUUUCUCCUACCUUCUAACCUAGUUUGUAAAAUUGUUUUGUAUCUGUCCUGUAUUUACUUAUGUGUGAAUCUAUAGUCUCCCUCCCCCAGGUCCUGUAGAAACUCCUUGAUGGACAGAGACUGUUUUUGUAUUUGAAUCUCCAGUGUGUAGAGCAAUGUCUGGUAUGUAGUAGUUGCUUAAUAAAUA